AUGAAUAUUUCUAAUUUUAUUCAGGAAUGCGUCAAUACUGUGAUGGAUUCACAUCCAAUUCAGUAUCAACCUUCAAUGGAGAUAAGUGAGGGUGAAAUUUUGGUGAAAGGAAAAACAUUUGGUAGAUGGGAAUCUAAAAAAUUUAUUAUUGACGAGGAAAAGAAAGUAUUUGCUCUUAGAAGUUCUAAAGGAAAAACAAGGCUGAAACCUUAUUUUCUAUCAGAGUAUUAGGUAAAUUCCAGUGAUUCUAACUUUCAGGUGGAGAAUAAAGAGAGGAAAAAAGAUAAAAUAGCAUUCGAUCUAACUUCGAAAACUGGAGGGAAGUGUUUGACCCUUGGAACGGAUGACGAGUAAACUGCUGAUGAGAUUAUCAAGGUGCUUCGAGAUUUAUGUUCGAGAAUAGACGCCAGACCUAAUCAAGAUGAGAUUAUUUAAAAGAAUAAAUUAGAUAACAUCAACAAUAAUCAACAUUGUACCAUUUUAAUAAAUAUAAGCCAGAAAAGCUUUUUUGAUAUUGGUGAAAUUCGGGAAAGGUAAUAUUUGUAUUAAAGUAGUAUCGCUAACAUUAGAAAAGGGUUAUACAAUUUGGAGAAUUUUAAAUUAGUAGUUGAAAAUAAAUCCUUAAUCUACAGAAAUGAAAACAAUCAUCAUUAAUUUAAAGUUUUCGUGGAAUUUGACGGAAAUUGUUAGGACGCAAUCAUUCAGAAUUUAACAGAUUAUAAUAAAAUUAAUUAGUGGAAUGCAUACAUUUCUGCAAAAGAUAGCAGGAUGGUUAAAGAAUUGCAUGAAGAUAAAUCUUUUUUGAUAUGUGAAGUUCGAGAAUUGUCAAACUUAUUCAUUUUCAAAAGAGAAUUUCAAUAUUUGUAACAUCAUUUUAAAAUUGAUAAUCUCCAUUUUAUUGUUUAAAAAUAAAUAGAUCAAAAAUCAUACACCAAAAAUUAUCAAGGAAGUCUCAAAUAUGGUGUAUGGGGGAUCUAAACAAGUGAAAAAUAGACUAAAGUGUAUUAUUUUUCUGAACAAUCUAUGCAAGGUUUAUCUUAUUCUGACGAAGAUGCUUAUCUUAUUUAGCAAUUUUUAGCACAAAUAAUUAAUUUGAAACAAUUGAAUUCUAUAACUUAAAAUGCGAAUCUCUAAAAUAAAUCCAAUGAAAUCUAAUUCUAGGAUAAAUAGCAAUUAUAACAGGAAUAAAAAAAUGCAGAAACAAAUAAUAAAGAAGAUGAUGAUUAAUUCUUUGAUUGUGAGGAGUUGGAUGCCAUGAAUGAUAAGUUAUUUAUGGGUGAAAAUAAUUCUAAUCAAGAUGAAGUUGCUAGGGAUGUAUAUGAAUAAAAUGUAAGAAAAUAAACUAUUCUUCCUUAAUAAGUAGAUGCAUUAGAUAAUAUUCAAGAUUGGGUUGAUAAAAAGAUGAAGUUAGUGUUAUCUGGAAAUUAUAACUCCCUCUCUAUCAAAAUCUUACAUUAAUUAUAACCUAAAGAAUAUGAUCCCUUAUAGCGUUAGCUCUUAACUUAAUAAGAAGGUGGACACUAUAUCUUCAAGAAGGAUUUCAUAAGAGAAGAAAAGAGUGGAGGGUUGAAAGUGAUAAAUGAGGAAAAGUUGGCUGCCUAAAAAGCUGUCAUCAAAUUCCUAUUAACAAGAAUUGGUGCUUCCCUUAUGUUGGGCAAAUCAAUUACUAGUAUAUCGAUGCCAGUCACAAUUUUUGAGGCUAGAUCGAAUACUGAAAGAGUGUGUAGUAGUAUGGGGUUUGCACCAAUUUAUUUAGAAGAUGCUGCUUUAUCAUAAGAUAUUUAUUACAGGAUUAAAUAAUGUGCUGCAUUUCAAUUUGGAUUUAUAUUUAUGUAUCUAUCUUGUGAAAAACCCUUCAAUCCCAUUUUAGGAGAAACCUUUUAAGGGUUCUAUGAUAAUUGUCCUAUUUAUUGUGAACAAAUUAGUCAUCAUCCUCCUAUUUGUGCCGUAUAAAUGUAUGGUAGACAAUAUAGAAUAGAUGCUUAAUUGGAAUUGAUUGCUAACUUUAAUUCAAAUUCAGUGGUUGGCAGAAAUGUUGGUACAGUCAAAAUCACAUUCUAAAAUCCUCAUUAAGUUGUGUUGAUCACUUUAGCUCCUGGCAGUUUGAAUGGAACAACCUAUGGUGAUAAAGUUAUGAAUUAUCUUGAAAAGUAAUUCAUCAUAGAUAUAAAAAAUAAAAUAUUUGCUGAAAUUACCUUCAAUCCAGAUAAAAAAUAUUGUCAGUUUUUUGAUGUCGAAUAUCUAAAUCAAUUGGAUUAUUUGUGUGGUGCAAUUUGUGAUGUUACUGAUGCAGCCAUUUAAAAGUUUCACAAAGAAGGAUAUCGCAAAUAUAAAGGAUUGGAUCUCAAAUCAGACAUAAAGUAGAUAAGACAUAAGAUCAAAGGAAUAUGGGUCAACGAGAUCAAAAUUGAUAAUUAAAAGUUAAUUUCUAUUCACAACGACUUUCCAGUUAAGAUGUAAUUAGCACAAUACCCAAUUCCCUCAGAUGCAAAUUUCAGAAUGGAUUUGUUAUGGUGGAAGUUGAGAGAUUUUGAUAAAUCCUAAGAGUGGAAAGAAAAACUGGAAAUCUAACAAAGACAAGAUAGAAAAUUGAGAGAACAAAAGGGAAAAAAGAAAAAGUGA